AUGAUAUCCGCCUCCUUCCUCCCCACCCGCUUCCGCGGUGAACCGGACCGCCCUCAGCAGGCCGAAGCCCCCUCCCGCAUGGCCAAGAAGAUUGCGCCGCUCCUCCAGCGCAUGUCCAAGCUUGCCUGCCACCACCCAAUCCACAUCAUCGUCAUCGUCGCUCUCCUCGCCAGCACCUCGUACGUCGGCCUCCUCCAGGAGAGCUUGUUCGAGGGUGCCCCGAGCAUCGGAAAGGCCGACUGGUCGUCUUUGGUCGACGGCAGCAGACACCUCCUCGCCGGCCCCGACACGGCAUGGAAGUGGCACAGCGUGGAGCACGAUGCCGCGGCUGCCGAUAUUGACCACUUGGCCCUGCUGACUCUCGUCUUUCCCGACACCCUCUCCACCGACUCGCCGAGCAACGCGCCGCCGUCCCACGCGCUCCCGACUCCGCGCAACCUGUCCAUCACCCCUCUCCCCUCCACCGAAAACCCCUUUACAGCCUACUCCCAGGACAGCAUACUCGCCUACUCCCUCCCAUAUACCGAUGCUCCCGAAUUUGUGUCCGCCAUCCAAGAGAUCCCUAACGAGGACGCCGAGGAGACGGUGACGCGCCAUGGCCGUGAGAAAAAGAUGUGGAUCAUGAAGGCUGCCAAGGUCGACACACGCGGUUCACUUGCCCAGUGGGCCACCAAUGCCUGGACCGAGUUUCUCGACCUGCUCAAAAACGCCGAGUCGCUCGACAUUGUCAUCAUGAUUUUGGGCUACCUGUCUAUGCACCUCACCUUUGUCUCCCUCUUCCUCUCCAUGCGUCGCAUGGGCUCCAACUUCUGGCUCGCCACGAGCACUCUCUUCUCCUCCGUCUUUGCUUUCCUCUUUGGCCUGGCCGUCACGGCGAAGCUCGGUGUCCCCAUCAGCUUCAUCCUGUUGUCCGAGGGCUUGCCCUUCCUGGUCGUUACGAUUGGCUUUGAAAAGAACAUUGUCCUGACGCGGGCUGUUCUCUCUCACGCCGUCGAGCACCGGAGCACCCAGACCCACGGCUCCCAGUCCAAACAGAAGCCCGCCGAGGCACAAAACGUCAUCCAGUACGCCAUCCAGGCUGCCAUCAAGGACAAGGGCUAUGAGAUUCUCCGUGACUAUGCCAUCGAGAUCAUCAUUCUCGUCCUCGGCGCUGCCUCGGGCGUCCAGGGCGGGCUGCAGCAGUUUUGCUUCCUGGCCGCCUGGAUCCUCUUGUUCGACUGCAUCCUCCUCUUCACCUUUUACACCGCUAUUCUCAGCAUCAAGCUCGAGAUCAACCGCAUCAAGCGCCAUGUCAACAUGCGCAUGGCGCUCGAGGCUGACGGCGUCAGCCGCCGGGUGGCCGAGAACGUGGCAACGGGCGACGAUGACUGGCUCCUAGCCGGCGGCAAGAGGGCAGAAGAUACCUCUCUCUUCGGCUCCAAGGUCAAGAGCAGCAGCGUCCCCAAGUUCAAGGUGCUCAUGAUCUCGGGCUUCAUCCUUAUCAACGUCAUCAACAUCUGCACCAUCCCUUUCCGCAGCGCCACGUCGCUGUCGACUCUCCGAUCCUGGGCCGGAGGCCUGGGCGGCGUCGUUUCCAAUCCGCCCGUCGACCCGUUCAAGGUGGCGUCCAAUGGUCUGGACGCGAUCCUGGCCGCGGCCAAGGCCAGCGGCAAGUCGACUCUUGUCACGAUUCUGACCCCCAUAAAGUACGAGCUCGAGUAUCCGUCCGUCCACUACGCCCUGGUCUCGUCGGCCUGUGGCGGCGGCAUGAGCAAGUGCGAUGGGUUGGGCCAGUUUGAUAGCUACGGCGUCGGUGGCCGCGUGGUGGGCAGUCUCCUCAAGAGCCUGGAGGACCCUGUCCUGUCCAAGUGGAUCGUGGUCGCCCUGGCCCUAAGCGUCGGCUUGAACGGGUACCUCUUCAACGCCGCCAGGUGGGGGAUCAAGGACCCCAAUGUGCCCGACCGAGGCAUCGACCGCAAGGAGCUGGCUCGCGCCCAGAGGUUCAACGAGACCGACUCGGCAACGCUGCCUCUCGGCGAAUACGUGCCUCCGGCGCCGCCGCAGCAGACCGAGCCUCCGACCCCUGCCAUGACCGACGACGAGCUGGACACGUUCUCGAUGACAAAGCUUCGACUGCCCAGCUCGCCGUCAGAACAUCGCUCGUACGGGGAGCUGGAGAAGUUGCUGACGGAAAAGCGCGCGCACGAGAUGUCUGACGAGGAGGUUGUCACCAUGUCCAUGCGCGGCAAGAUUCCCGGUUAUGCCCUGGAGAAGACGUUGAAGGACUUUACCCGCGCCGUCAAAGUCAGACGCAUGAUAAUUUCACGGACAAAGGCGACCAUGGAGCUCACCAAUAGCCUGGAGCGGUCUAAGCUACCUUUUGAGGAUUACAACUGGGAGCGUGUCUUUGGAGCCUGCUGCGAAAAUGUGGUUGGAUACCUCCCCCUACCCGUCGGCGUCGCCGGCCCUCUGGUCAUCGACGGCCAGAGCUACUUCAUCCCCAUGGCCACGACGGAGGGUGUGCUGGUGGCCAGCGCGAGCAGAGGAUGCAAGGCCAUCAACUCUGGGGGCGGCGCCGUCACCGUCCUGACGGCGGACGGCAUGACGCGCGGUCCCUGCAUCAGCUUCGAGACUCUAGAGCGGGCCGGCGCCGCAAAGCUCUGGCUGGACUCGGAGGCCGGGCAGUCGGUGAUGAAGAAGGCGUUCAACUCGACGAGCCGGUUCGCUCGUCUGCAAUCCAUGAAGACGGCCCUUGCCGGCACCAACCUAUACAUUCGGUUCAAGACGACGACGGGCGAUGCCAUGGGCAUGAACAUGAUCUCCAAGGGCGUCGAGCACGCGCUCGACGUCAUGACCACCGAGGGCGGCUUUGACGACAUGUUGAUUGUGUCGCUUUCGGGCAACUACUGCAUCGACAAGAAGGCGGCGGCCAUCAACUGGAUCGACGGGCGCGGCAAGAGCAUCGUGGCCGAGGCUAUUAUCCCGGCCGAAGUUGUCAAGAGCGUGCUGAAGAGCGACGUCGACUCGCUGGUGGAACUCAAUGUGUCCAAGAACCUCAUCGGCUCGGCCAUGGCCGGCUCCAUUGGUGGGUUCAAUGCGCACGCCGCCAACAUUGUGGCUGCCAUCUUCCUGGCAACGGGCCAGGACCCUGCCCAAGUGGUGGAGAGCGCCAACUGCAUCACCACCAUGAAAAACCUCAACGGGUCGCUCCAAAUCUGCGUGUCGAUGCCGUCGCUGGAAGUGGGCACGCUGGGUGGCGGCACCAUUCUCGAGCCGCAGAGCGCCUUGCUCGACAUGCUCGGCGUUCGGGGCUCACACCCGACGAACCCAGGCGACAACUCUCGGCGCCUUGCACGCAUCAUCGGCGCGGCGGUCCUGGCCGGCGAGCUGUCGCUGUGCAGUGCCCUGGCGGCUGGUCACUUGGUCAAGGCACACAUGCAGCACAAUCGGAGCGCGGCACCGUCGCGAACCACAACACCAGCCCCGCAGUCGACGACGCCAGUCUCGCUGGCCAUGACGAGUGCGCACGAGACAUCGAUGCUGAGCGCCGCGGCCCAGCAGAGGUCAAGGCGGUAG